AUUUACUCACUGAUAUCCUUCUCCCACUCUGAGACUUUACUUAUCCUGAAAUACAUUAAAAAAUUUACCCAUGUUGGAAAUCACUUCCCAACUCAUCCUAUAAGGCCAAUAUUACCCUGAUACCAAAUCCUGACAGACAUAAUGAAAACUACAGAUCAUCAUCUCUUGUGAUUAUAGACACAGAAAUCCUGAGGAAAUAUUUUCAGAUCAAAUCCAUCAACAUAUGUAAAGGAUUACAUACCAGGUACAAAACUCAAAACAUGAACAACAAUAUAUAUUACCAAUCUUCAAACCUGAUUUGGCUAGAACUGGAAUACAGUUGCCUGCGACAUAUUUUAGAAGAACUAGAAAAGUCAAAGUAAUGGAUAACAGAAAAGAGCCUCCAUUCUUCAAUGAUGAUAACAUGGGACCAUUUUACUGCAGACUUCAUUUCUGUGAUACCAUGGAGCUCUUCAUUGAAACAUUAACUGGAACAUGUUUUGAGCUGAGAGUUUCACCUUUUGAAACUGUUAUUUCUGUGAAAGCAAAAAUUCGAAGAUUGGAAGACCCAGGAGAUCCUACUGAAGUGAGUGGCUGGCCGAGUCCAGUGACCACAUCAGCACAUUCAGUAAUGACUCUUGAAGCUUUUGUCUACCUUAAAUGAUUUGGUAUUCCCAUCUGUCGACAACACUUAAUUUGGAAUAACAUGGAACUUGAAAAUGAUUAUUGCUUGAAUGAUUACAACAUUUCAGAAGGGUGUACCUUGAAGCUAGUUUUGGCUAUGCGUGGCGGACCUAUAAAUACUAGAAGAGUUCCUACAGACGAUCCACUUAGGAAGAUGGCAGAGUACUUGGAUUCCAGUCGAGUUGAGGUCUGGGAGAAGACCUCCUGCAACAAACAAGUUACAUUUUUGGUAUACCGAGAAGGAGAUCAGUUGAAUUUCUUUCCUGCAGUAGAUAGGGGAGAUGGCACUUUAACACCGUUAUCUGACUCUUCAAAGAAAAUAGAUUUUCAUUUGCAUGUCCUACGGAGAAAAGGAGAACAUUGUAUGAGUGGUGGUUCUAUGUAUAAUUCAGAUACAGAUGAGGAUGAAGAAACUGAGCCUUCUUCUUCUGGGCAACAGAUAAUUGAAAAUUCAAUAACUAUGAAUAAGAUGAAGCUGCUGAAGGCUAAGAUGAAGAAUAUGAAUCUCAGCAAAAAGCCUAAGAAAGCUGUCAAGAUAAAACCUCACCCACCUAUAGCUCCUCGACCUUCUAGUGGUUCCACUGCACCAUCUCGCCACCGAUUGUUAAGGGUCCUCCCCAACACUGGUCAAUCUUGUUCACCUGCUUUUGGGAACGCAUAUCUGCCCGAAAUCUCCAGGAAUGGAAUUUCAAGUUUGGCAACUCAACUCUCUGCUGAGAGAUCCAUAUCUUCUAUCACUGGUGAAUUUCUUAAGGAAGAUAAUAGCUGGGAGAAUAACACACUGUCUCACUUCAGUAGCAACGUCAAACUACCUCCUCAGAUACCCCAUUUGGAGUUGGGAAAUGACCAGGAGCUUGCUGACUCUGUUCUCCAUCUUGGAUCAUCCCUGCCUAGGCAAACAAAACAUUUUUUAGGAAACUUGCCAUCUAGUAAUGAGAACAUUGUCUUACCUUCAGAAGAAUGUGUAACCGAACAAUCACUUCUACCUAAAGUGGGCUCACUGGCUUCAUUUGCAGAAGGAAAUGCUGAUGAACAGAGCAGCGGCUUAGAAGGUGCGUGCAAAGUGAAUCCGGAGUUGCUACUCACUAAUGCUGACAAAGGGUUGAAAGCUCCAGAGCAGCAUCUCAAGCAUGUUGCAGGAGUGCUGAAUGGGGAAUCAGUAGAGACUUCAGUUCUUAACUACCGGGAAUUAAGUCCUCACAAGAAUAGACUCUUGUCACCUCUUCGCUGUUCUGCACCAAUGUCGCUACAUAAUUCUCUGGUGAAACCAGAAAGACAGUCCAAAUGUUUUGAGUUUGGGAAGCUACAGCCUUCUUCUUCUCAGUCACUGGAUGUUCAAAACAUAACUGAUUCUUCUUUCUCUAGGACUACUUGCUUUCAAGGUGUUAAAGUUGAUUCACUUGGGAAAAGAUCUGAUGUUAUUUCCAAAGUUGAGGCUCGGGAUAUCACAGAAAUGACUAACAAGGCUUCCAAAGAGCCUGUUGGUUGUGUAAAUAAUAUCAGUUUUCUUGCCUCACUGGCCGGGAGCACAAGCAGAAAUAGAUUACAGAGCACACGUGGGGCAGGCAGGCUUCAGAACUCUGGAACUGGGCUGUCUACAAACCUCCAGCAUUUUCAGGAAGAAAACUUUAGGAAAAGUUCUCCCCAGUUAGAACAUACAGGAGUUUUUUUGUCUACCCAUGGUGUUGGAAUGAAUGGAAAUAAUGCAGCAGCAGGGAAAAGCGUAGGAGAAUGUACUACUCAUCACCUCCCACCUGUGAAAGCCCCUCUUAAGACAAAGAAGAAAACAACAAAUCAUUGUUUUCUUUGUGGAAAGAAAACAGGACUGGCUAGUAGCUACGAAUGCAGAUGUGGAAACAACUUCUGUGCAUCUCAUCGUUAUGCAGAAACUCAUGGCUGUACCUAUGAUUACAAGAGUGCAGGGAGGAGAUACUUGCACGAGGCAAAUCCUGUGGUUAAUGCACCAAAGCUUCCAAAAAUCUAACUCUUCCUCUACAUCUUACUGUUCUGCCUGGGAUUCGUAUUAUAAUGACAGAAGAAAUAUUGUUUAGACUAUUAUUUUUGUUCGACUCUAAAAGAUUUGCCAAAUAACAAAAGCAUACAAUGCAUACUGUUGGAGAACAAGAAUGCUACUGUAUUUUACAUCUUUAUUUCUUGGUGAAACAAAAGUUUUAAAAGUAGUUUUAAAAACUUUACACUGGAAUGAUUUAGCUUUGUUAUUGCAUGUCUUGUGUUAAGUGUUUUGUAUAUGAUAUUGCAGUUUUACUAGGCAAAUCUUCAAAAGAUGCACUUUAGGAAACGAAAUAUUUCCUAAAUAACCAGCCUUCCACAUUGUACAGAAUGAGCAGUCAUGUAAUGAAUGGCUCUACUCAGAUUGACCAUAUGGGUUUUUUCUUUUUCUUUCUUUUAUUCUUCUCCUUCUUUUUUUUUCAGAGAUGGGAUGGGUGGAGAUUUUUAAAAAAUCCCAUGUGUGAAAGUUUACUGGCUUUAUUAGCAAGUUCCUUUUUACUUCAAGCUACUUUUUAUAAAAAAGAACAUUUUUCAAGUGUGGUUUUUAACAGAUAAUACAUUUCUUCCACAUUCAGAUUAGUAUUCAGACAUGAAUCCAUUCUAUAAAACACAUCGUGUUCAUGAUAGUGUAUAUUUUACUACUUUUUGAAUGUUAAUUUUAAAAUAGAAGAUGUCCCACUUGCCAUUAAAUGUAGAAGCCAACUUUUUACCUUUUGAAAUAUGGCUACAUUUAAAACAAAAUCUCACAGCUCGGUUUUUCUUAUUUGUUGAGUGCUAUUACCAGGAGAAAUUCAAAUAAAUAUUCAAUUUCA